AGCCGCGGCGCGACAAAGAAUUUGCGACGGCAUGCCGUAGAGCGCGCGGCCGAUUUCCUCGCCGCGCCCGCGCGCGGUUUGAAUGUCCACUCCCAAGGGUAUGCGCGCCAAAUCAAUUGGCCACUACAUCUUGGGCAAGACGAUCGGUGAGGGCACCUUUGGCAAGGUCAAGCUGGGCACUCACAUCCUCACAGGGGAGAAGGUGGCCGUGAAGAUCUUGGAGAAGGAGCGGAUCGUGGACGUGGCCGACGUGGAGCGCGUGGCGCGGGAGAUCCACAUCCUGAAGCUGGUGCAGCAUCCUCACAUCAUCCAGCUCUACGAGAUCAUUGAGACGCCUCGUCAACUGUACCUCAUUAUGGAGUACUGCCCUGGCGGUGAGCUCUUUGAUUACAUCGUGGCGCAGGGCCGGGUGAAGGAGAGCGAGGCGGCGCGCUUCUUCCAUCAGAUCAUGGCCGGCGUGGAGCAGAUCCAUCGGGUGAACGUGGUGCACCGCGAUCUGAAACCGGAGAACCUGCUGCUGGAUGACCAAAAGAACAUCAAGAUUGUAGACUUUGGUUUGAGCAACACCUACCAGGACGGCCAGCUGUUGAAAACAGCCUGCGGCUCGCCCUGCUACGCGGCCCCUGAGAUGGUGGCGGGGCAACGCUACGUGCCGUCCCGCUGCGAUAUCUGGAGCUGCGGGGUGAUUCUCUUCGCCCUCGUGUGCGGGUACUUGCCCUUCGAGGACCAGAAUACCUCGGCGUUGUACCGGAAAAUCUUGAACGCUGACUAUCAGGCGCCAAAGUUCAUCUCCGACGGUGUCAGAGACCUCAUCGCCAGGAUGCUGAACACCGACCCGGAGACGCGCUACACCAUGCCCAAGAUCCGUGCACACACCUGGUACCGCCAGGUCCCUGAGGCUUCCCUCAGCGCAGGCGCCUCGCGUGCUCUGGAGGACGAUGUGCUGGACCAGCUGGACCGCUUCGGUUUCCCCAGGGACUAUGCCAUGAAGUGCUUGCAGAUGGGGAAGCACAACCACGUGACCACCACCUACCAUUUGCUGGUGGAGAAAAAGAAGAAAUGCGGAGGGUUCCUCAUGAAGGUGGACCAGAAUGCUCAUGCGGGCUUCGAGGGCCGCGCCACGGCGGACCCGGAGAUGGAGCUGCCGGCCGAGCGCACGCCCUCGCCCUACCAGACCGAGCCUGUGGCCAAAGCCAGAGGCGAGGCCGCCAGCCCCGCGUCGAACGCCGCCGUCCGCGUGCCGGACGGCGACCGGGCGGGGGGGGAGCCCGCGCCGUCAGCGUACCGGGACUUGCCGGAGAUGAACUAUGGGAACUGGGCCUUCCCCGGACAGCUGCCAGCGCACAUGGCGCCCCCAGGCUCGAAGCAUCAGCCGUGCUCCGCCAGCGAGGCGUCGACCCGAGCUGAGCAUUCGGCCUACGCGGGCUCCGGGCAGGUGGCUCCUUUGGAGCUCACUCCGCGGGCGCCCAGUAGCCGGCAGCCUAGCCGUGGGAGCACGGACGGGCGGCAGAAGGGCCACGGCUCUGGCGCACUCACGCCAGUCCGCCGCCCCGUGCAAACCCCCCGCGCCCAUCAGCCAGGAGUUCCUACCCCCAGAGGAGGAGCCUACCGUAGCGGGACACCAAAUCGGCGUCCCUCCGCAGGC